GGUUGGAUCUGCUGCUGCCAGGAGCGCACCUUGGAUGAGCGGCAGUAAAGAAGAGGAGGAACGGGAUGGCAGCCUCCAGUAAUUCUAGCCUCUCCGGUUCAUCCGUGUCAUCUGACCCUGAGGAUUACCAACCACCAAUAUGGAAGUCCUACUUGUACCAAUUACAGCAGGAGGCCCCAAGACCGAAAAGGAUCGUAUGUCCCAAAGAGAUGGAGACCAGGCCCAAAUAUUAUGGCAGAGAAUUUCACGGCAUGAUCUCUCGAGAAUAUGCAGAUGAACUUCUCAGGGCAGCUGAUGGUUCCUACUUGAUCAGGGAAAGCCAAAGACAGCCUGGAACACACACGUUGGCCUUAAGAUUUGGGCCGCAGACGCUCAACUACAGGCUGUUCUACGAUGGGAAGCACUUUGUCGCCGAGAAGAGGUUUGAGUCCGUGCACGACCUCGUCACGGACGCCCUCAUCACUCUCUACAUCGAGACCAAGGCGGCGGAGUAUAUUGCCAAAAUGACUGCAAACCCCAUCUAUGAGCACCUUGGCUACACCUCGCUGCUAAAGGACAAGAUGGUGCACAGGCUGAGCCGCAGAUGCACAGAAUCCCGCAGGGUCACCUUUGUCAGGGAUGACCAGAUCUCGUCCUCUCUGGUGCGGCACAGCGCCUUGAAAGACACCCCGGAGAAGCAGUGCUCCUAUGAGAAGAUCCACAACUUCAAGGUACACACCUUUCGAGGGCCACACUGGUGCGAGUACUGUGCCAACUUCAUGUGGGGCCUGAUUGCCCAAGGUGUCCGCUGCUCAGAUUGCGGGCUGAAUGUACACAAACAGUGCUCUAAACUGGUUCCCAGAGACUGCCAACCGGACCUGCGGCGGAUAAAGAAAGUGUUCAGCUGUGACCUCACCACGCUGGUCAAGGCCCACAACACCCCGAGGCCCAUGGUGGUAGAUCUCUGCAUUCGAGAGAUCGAACUCCGAGGUCUGAAAUCUGAAGGUCUUUACAGAGUGUCUGGCUUCUCGGAGCACAUCGAGGAUGUGAGACUCGCCUUUGACAGAGAUGGUGAAAAGGCUGACAUCAGUGCCAGUGCCUAUGCAGACAUCAACAUCAUUGCUGGUGCUCUGAAGCUCUACUUGAGGGACCUCCCCAUCCCCGUCAUUACCUUUGACCUGUACCCCAAAUUCAUUCAGGCCGCAAAAAUUCCAAAUGCUGAAUGCAGACUGGAGGCCGUCCACGAGGGUUUGCUGCAGCUUCCCCCCGCUCACUAUGAGACCUUACGCUACCUGAUGGCUCACCUCAAGAGGGUAACAACAUUCGAGAAGGACAACUUCAUGAAUUCGGAGAACUUGGGCAUCGUCUUCGGCCCAACGCUGAUGCAACCCCCGGAGCAGAAUGCCCUGACCACGCUGAACGACAUGAGACACCAGAAACUUGUGGUGCAACUCAUGAUAGAGCAUGAAGAUGUCUUGUUCUAGCUGCCACCAACACGGACGCAUAUUUAUUCAGUUUUACCAGGAAAUCCAAGCCACGUUGAGGAGAGUCAUUUCUGAUCACGAUGCUCUUGAGGAGCUUCCUUACAUGCAUGACAGUUUAGUUGUAGGCAUUGUCUUGUUUCUGUCUGUUACGGAGUGUCAAGACCGUCGUGUUUGAUUUCGCACAGGAUCCGAGAUGUUUACAAGCUGCUCAAUUUUAUUUGACGAGUGCGCCGCUUACCCUCCUGUGUACGCCGUGUGCAGUCUGUUUGACUUAACAAAUCAACUUUCCCACGCGUGCAAUUCCUGGAUCAUUUGUGGGAAAGUCAUCCAUCUUUUAGUGAAAAAAAAAAGGCAUCCUUUCAUGUUGGGUCAAGAGAAGAUCUCGCGGUGAUCAAUAUUUUAAAAAGAUGAGACAAUUGGUCAAUUCAUGAAGCACUUUUUUGCAACGUGUGUACAGAUUUGUUUUCUAAAGAUGUUUAUUUUUGUCUUUUUACUCUGAAUCAUGUUGUUUUGUCACAGUAAUAUAUAUAGAGAGAGAUACAGUUGGGAAUGAUGCAUGUUUUAGUUGGUGUCUGGAUACAAAAGAGUUGAGAAAAAUAAAAGCCGUAUUACAUUUACAUUA